AUGUCGGUUCACGGCGACAGCGACGUGGACGCGACGGAGGAGAUUAACGUGGACGACUCGGACUCCGGAAGUUGCAGUCCGCGGAACUAUAGCAGCGACAAUCGUCGCUUGGAUCAUUCGGAGUAUUCGAAUUCGCCGCCGCCGAGUCAGACCAGCUCGAGGACGUUGCAGAACGAGUCCCCACGAAGUCAUCCGUUCAGUAUAAGCCGCCUGUUAGGCGAAAAUCGGUCGCAGAACCCGAAGAGUCCUUCGUCGGAGGAUCUGGACAGUGACAAGGAAAGAAAAUGGUCUUGGGAAGAGGGUAACAACAACGGUGGCUCGUCGAUGACCUUAGACGAUGGCAGGAGGUCCUGGGGCCACGAGAUCGAGGAGAAGCUGUCGGAGAAGGACGACGACGACACCGGAAGUACGCCGGAAACGCAGACCAAUUCCACGUCGUCGGUCCACUGCACCAGCGCGGCUGAUUUAUUGGCACCGUUCAGGCUUUUCCCGACCGGAUCCGGCCUGAUAUACACCGGCGGAGGCGUAAUAAGAGUUCCUGCGCAUCGACCACCCGGUGCUAAUGGGACUGCAACGGGUGCACUGCCGGCACAGGCGUUGAUACCACCAUGGAGUUUACAAGCUCUUCAGCACAGUCAACAACAAGCGGCGGCGGCUGGUCUUCACAGGGCCAGUUUGCUGGCCAACCUGGCCGCACAUCCGCUCCAGGGACACCCACACCUUAAGGACAGGCUGGCAGUAGCCGGAGCGUUUCCAAGGAGGAUCGGCCAUCCUUACCAAAACAGGACGCCACCGAAGAGAAAGAAGCCGAGGACAAGCUUCACCAGGUUGCAGAUCGCCGAACUAGAGAAACGUUUUCACAAACAGAAGUACUUGGCGUCGGCUGAGCGAGCAGCCUUGGCUAAAACCUUGAAGAUGACAGAUGCCCAAGUGAAAACCUGGUUUCAGAACAGGCGAACAAAGUGGAGGAGGCAAACCGCGGAGGAGCGAGAAGCUGAGAGGCAGGCAGCGAAUCGGUUGAUGUUGUCCCUUCAAGCCGAAGCGCUUGGAAAAGUGGCUUACCCCACAACGGUACCCAACCAUCCAGCGGGGACCAGCGUUCCCAGCUUGGACAGACAGCAGGCACCCACUGCUCUCACCCAUCCUGUGGGCCAGUGGGCCUCGCCGUACGGCCCGCCGCAACCUCUCGCUGAACCAAUUUGUUGAACCUCCACGAUCCACGCGAAUUCGAACACUCUUAUC